UUGAGAUCAUGGCUUGGAAACGGCUGUGUUUUGAGAUGCCUAACGUACAACCAUGGAAUAAGUUGAGCGACAUACCGGCCUCUGUCGGGGAGCAGAUGGAAGCUAUAGGCUGCAUGCUCACUCAACCGCGCUUUUCAUCAGCAGGCAAAAAGACUCACCCUGACUACUUGGACAUACCUAUCUGAUGUCAAAUCUGCAACGCAUUUGAGCACAUAUCACUUCGACAUGGAUCGGUGCUAGCAAUCGGCACAACCCGAGAUAAUGCAUUCGUUCUCCAGGAGUUGACAACGCUAGAUUGGUACUCUCACUUAUGUGGGAAUCAAUAUUGUGACUCACCUUUCCACUUUUUACGCGAGUCCCAUCGAACAAACGCUUCAAGGAUCAUAUGCCAAAACAUCCUUCGCGCACUCAUGGAUGGGGGAGACCACGAGGUAGCUCGAGCCACAACAGCCGCUUCGUGUACACACUCGCCGCGUUGCAUUCCCCCUAGUGUUCUUCUUCCUGUCCGAGAGGAGGAUCUCGUAACGCGAAACAAGCAGCGAUUCAGCGAAGUCUGUCGCCAAGGACAUCGAUGUUCUUUGUGCAAACUGGAGCUCCCCGUCCAUUUUUUCCAGGCAACCAGGAUGAAAGGAAAAAUCAACAGCCAACCAUACUAUACCGCCGCCGGUAAAACAGCUCGCUGGGACGAAGACCUGCUCAAGAGAAACGACGCUGACGAGAAGGCUGUCGUAGCACGGACCCCGCACAGUGGGCAUUUCAUCCAAGCUUUUAACCAAGUUAGUCGUUGGUUCGCUGUCCUUAAAGAGCAAACCUCGCAAUGCCAUUAUGCAAAUGCGUCUUGGGGUGGUCUAAACGACAUUGUUGAGUGGUGGAACAGCGUGAGCGUUGUGCAAGCCGCAGGAAGAUGGCCCCCUUUCAAGACCCGUGCGUAUCUUAGGGAGUUCGAGGUCGAGGGUGCAGUCCUCUGGCGAGAUCUCGAUAGCCACAUUGGCUGGGCUCCUCAUUGGGUGGUGUAGAACAUGAGAUGGCAUGCAUGCACUCUUCAAGUUCGCAUCUUCUUGUUCUUAUCUGUAUAGUCGAGAGUUAGGCGUGCGAAUAAGGAGUGUUGCAAAUAUCAAUGUGUUGUAGACUGCGUGAGCUUUGGUGGCCUGUUCCUGGAAUGAGGCAUGGCUAGAUGAUAAGCUAUAUGGCGUGAGCCUUUCAGAAGCCGUGAUAAGCAUGUUUUGAAUAGUCACAUAUGCUCU